CUAGCUGACCUCCUGGUGAAUACAUUGUUCCCCUUCACGUUGGUCUAUACUCUGCUCGGGGAGUGGAAGUUUGGCCAGCUGCUUUGUUUCCCGCUUCCCUAUGCACAGGGAUUGGCUGUCCACGUAUCCACGGUGACGCUCAACGUCAUAGCCCUCGAUAGACACAGGUGUAUAGUGUACCACCUGGAGACCAGGAUGAGAAAGGAUGUGUGUUUCGGGGUGAUUGCCGCCACAUGGGUACUGAGUGCGGUGCUGGCCAGUCCACUAGCUAUCUUCAGAGAGUACACACACACACACACCCUAACCCUCUCUCCUCUUCUCCAGGUGUGUACAGAGAAGUGGCCGGGCAGCUCGACAGACGGGACAGUCUAUUCAAUCUCCAUGCUCCUCCUCCAAUACGUUCUCCCUCUAGCCGUCAUCUCCUUCGCCUACGCUCGUAUCUGGUCCAAACUCCGUUCCCACAUGUCCCCCGCCGGCCGCAACGACCGCCACCGCCGACGACGCAAAACCACCAAGAUGCUGGUGACCGUGGUCGUGGUGUUCGCGGUCAGUUGGCUGCCGUUCCACGCUUUUCAAUUGGCCACGGAUAUCGACGGCUCCGUCUUGGACAUGAGGGAUUUUAGACUGCUGUACACGCUGUUCCACGUGGUGGCCAUGUGCUCAACGUUCGCCAACCCUCUGCUCUACGGGUGGAUGAACAGCAACUAUCGCACCGCGUUCACGACCGUGUUCCGCUGUGAGCAGAGAAUGGAUAGUGUGCAUCCGAAGGGAACAUUCAAGGACCGUUUUCUCAAAGGUGUGGUUACAAGUUUAUUAAAACAGCAUUACUUUCCCAUUGUUCCUCAACUGUAGUGCCAUCAUAUACCAUUUUUUAGCUCACCAUUUCAAAUUUUGCUACAGUACAUAAGAUCGAAUCGAGCCGGUCGGUCAUUGUGUAAGCUUUCUGCCUUGUUUGAGAAGUUAAAGCCACUUUGAAUUAGUUAUCUGUUCAGCUGCCAUCUAUCUUUUUCUUCUCUGUUCUCACCUGUCUGCUCCUCCCCCAUCUUCUCAGAGCAGGCAGGCCUGUUGCCCUAACGACUCCAGACUCCACACAGACACAGCGUGUACACAUGCUGCUCCAGAGCCACUACUGUUCUUCCUUCAGACAAGCGUGCGUCAACACGUUGUUCAUUUGCACAAUGUCUCUCAUUCACAUUCGCUUGUAAAUAUCCAAACUCACCAAAAAAAUGACCUUUGAUAGCUCCUAUCUACAUAUGUAUAACUUCAUGAGUUGGAUUUUUGUUUAUUUUCGUUUGCGCUGGUUAGUAUGUUUAGCUAGCAACCUCCCUGGAAAUGUACUAUUACUUGUGCUAGUUUUGUUAGCAUUCUGGCAUUUUUGUGAGGUUUUCUUUGGUGCCCCUUUGUGUACUAAGCUGGUAAUACCGUAAAUCCCGGGAUGAGAGAAGGACAGUAUGAAGAAAACCUGGAUUCUGCCCAAACCUAAUGCAUACAUUAUAUGUAGGUAAUGGUAUGAGAUGUACAACAACUACGGUUUGAUCUCUUUUAGAGAGAGAGACAGACAGACAGACAGACA